AAGGUCUUGGCCGGGAUAUUGACACUGACACUGACGCUAACGGUAGGCAGGCGAUGGCGAGGGGCCUAGGAGUCUGCUGCUAGCGGAGAGGGGGUCAACACUCAACAUCAGUCAGCUUGUGGAAGUGGUGUAGUGCCGAGCGUAGCGAAGCGAACUUGUAACGAUAGACCGUCGAACGUGAACGAACCUCGAAACCAUCUCAUCAAGGGUAGUCUCUAAACAAAGAAACUCCACCACUUGUGGCAGAAGGGAAGACAUUUGGAAUCCACAUUCAAAUUGAAUUCUAAAAAUACUACAAAUACAGAUUACUUUUCAGAAUCUCGUCAUAAAUGUUGAACAAUGACCGUCACUUACACAUCAGAUGUAGCAAAUGGAGGAAAAGUAGUAAGUUUUUCAAGAGUAUUGAUGAGAUGGAAAGGAAGUCUGUAUAAACUUAUUUGGCAAGAUUUGCUUUGCUACCUUGUUCUGUUUGUUGCCAUAAACUUGAUCCAUACUUACGCACUUCCUCCGUAUCUUCAAACGUCGCUGCAGAGGGUAAAACUUUACCUAGCCAACAAUCUGUACACGUUUCCAGUUCCAUUUGUCUUGUCAUUCUUCGUAGAGAAUGUUGCUACUAAAUGGUGGCAUCAAUAUCAGCUGCUGCCAUCUGCUGAUACACUGGCAAUCUACACAAAUGCUACAAUUCCUGGGAAAGACGACCAGUCACGUAUUAUUCGUAGAACCAUUGUAAGAUAUGCAGUUCUCUCACUGGUACUUACUAUGAGAAAUAUCAGUGUCGGUAUCAGAAAACGAUUUCCGACCAUCCACCACGUUCAAGAAGCAGGGCUCAUUCUGGAGGAGGAGAGGAAUCAUUUUGAUAAGCUGGAAACUCAGGCAACAGCAAGUCACUGGAUUCCGUUGGUGUGGGCAGCUAAUGUUGCAACAUAUGCAAAAACUAUUAACAAAAUAUCUUCAGAUCAUUGCUUGAAGCUCCUUAUUACUGAACUGACAGCUCACCGGAAUAAACUAGGUACCUUGGUAGGUUAUGAUCUCGUCAAUAUACCUCUGGUAUACACUCAGACGAUGGUCGUGGUGGUGAUGAGUUAUGUGGUCAUCACACUUAUAUGCCACCAACCCAUUACUAUUGGCGACAGCCUCACUGGUGCUGGAGGGUUUACGAUGUCGUCCUUGACUAAUUUCAUAAUAUAUGUCGGACUAAUGAAAGUUGCCACUGUUAUGCUCAAUCCAUUUGGAGAGGACGACGAUGACUUUGAGCUGAACGCUAUUGUUGAUCGUCAUCUCACAGCGGCUUACAUGAUUGUGGAUGAAAUGCACGAGGAAGAACCAGAAGUAGUAAAGGAUGCUUACUGGGAUGAAAUCGUUCCUAAAGAAUUACCUUACACAGUCGGUUCAAUGGGAGAUCGGAAAACAGAUCUCAAUUCACAUGGUGUAGAACAUAGACAUACGAAAAGACAGAAAAAUAAGGCAAGCGUAUCAAGAAAAAAUUCAGCCGUCAAUUACUUUAGGAGAGGAAGUCUUAUGAGUAAAAUCAAUUCAAACAAAAAUGGAUCGCAGAAAGAUUUGCUUAAUUGUGACGAAAAUGAUUCUGAUCUCACUCAUGUUUACGAAAAUGUAGGUUUUUAUUCAUCCGGAAAUCCGUUAAAAGAAGAAGAUGAAGAACUUUAUGAUUGUGCUGAUGCAACGAAAUCUCCCAAUGACUUACAGCGACCCAGUACAUCUAAACAAUAUUUCCAUAGGCCAACGAAAUAUUAAAUAAAAACAAUUGAAAGUAUUAAAUGUGCUUUCAUGGAUUAGUCAUCUCUUUUAAUUCUAUUAUAAUUUAACUUAACUCUAUUUUGUUUUAGAUAUUGACAAGAAUAUAAGAAUGACUUACUGUGAACUGAUUUUAUGUUGAAUUUUAAGUUGUGUAAAAAUAUAUCUAAGUUGUAAAUACUGUUUUAUAUUUUAAGUCAAAUAAGGAAUGUUUAUAAACAAAUUA